AUGUUGCAUAUAAUCUAUGUAUCCAUCGGACAUGGCUUCAUGGGUACCGGACGUUUUGAUGGUGUCUUUCGUCUGCUUUCUCUCGCUGAGCCACACUGAUCAGGCUAAAACAAAUUGGGAGUUGACGAGAAAGGAAAAUUCCAGAUUCGAACAGCAACUUAUAAACCUCAAGAAGUCUGCAAUCAAAAGCAUUCAUGAGGACGGAGACAUAUAUGAGUGUAUUGAUUUUUACAAACAACCAGGUUUUAAUCACCCAUUUUGGAAGAAUACUACAAUUCAGAUGAAACUUAAAUUAUUUAUGGAUGCAAUGAAAACCAAAACGAGUACUUUAUCAUCGAAUAUUGGGUUAAAAAGUGGAGGUUGUCCUUAUGGAACAGUUCCAAUUAUGAGAGUUGAUGAAGAUGACUUGGCAAGACUCAAAAUAAAUUCAAAGAUAUAUCUGCGCCCAAAUAUGGAUGAAGAACCCGGAUAUCAUUAUGCAAUACUUGGAACAAAACCCGAUCCAACUAGGAAGAUUGAUGGAAUUCAAGCAUUCUUCAGUAACUUCCUCCCUAAAGGAGUCGAUGGAUCUCAAUACAGUUCAUUUCGCAUGACACUUUCAAACGGCCUUGACAGUUUAAAAGCGGGAUUUAUGGUAAAUCCCUUGCUAUUCAAAGACGACAAAAUUCGACUAUUUACGCAUCUUGUGAUGGAUGGAAGAACACAAUGUUUUAAUCAACAAUGCCCUGGAUAUAUACAACUCAGUUCUCAAAUACCACUAGGCUGGCCUCUUCAGAAUAUUUCAAUUGCAGGUGGAGAGCAAUAUGCCACAAAAUUGAGACUCGUCAAGGAUUAUAUAAGUACAAGCUGGCCAAGUACUUCAACGGAAUUAAUGUGGAAGUUACUACUUAAUGAAGAGAGUGUUGCCAUUGGGUUUUGGCCGACGACAAUAUUUGGGCAACUGAGUGAGUUUGGAAAUGAAGCUGAUUGGGGAGGAGAAGUGUACAGUCCAUUGGACCAAUCAAGUCCUGCCAUGGGUACUGGCAUUCGUCCACGCUGGAAAAAAUGGGACCCAAACUACUCAGCUCAUAGUCGGCUUGUAGCAAUUGCAUAUGGGGGGAAUUCACAAUCUGAAUUCAUAAAUCCAAACGAUGCAGAGGUAUAUGAAUCUGAUCCAAAAUCAUAUAGUAUUCUCGAUAUUGGAUAUGUUAAGAAUGAAAAUAUUGGACGUGUGAUUAUAUAUGAUGGUCCCGGUGGAUUAAUAAAGCCUAGUGCUUAAAAACAUUUUAUGUUUUUC